AUGGAGCUGGUCUACGGGACACGUUGGGUGCGGAAAGUGCGUGUGUUUACGGCAAGAUUCAUGCUACCGAGCAUUGCUGAGCUGGACGGCGUCACGACGAGGCAAUAUGCAGCGUUGGCUGCAUGGUUCCUGCUCCUUCUGUUGCAGUACUGCGUGGUGCGGAUAGUCUGCAAGUUCGGCAUUCCUCGAGACUGUCAUCCCGACACUCGCCUUUUGGAAGUUAUCUACGACUUUCAGGUUAUGUUCGUCAUGGGUUUCAUGCUCGCCAUCCUCACUGGGGUGCACUUGCCAGACCGGUUUGCCUACCUCUUUCGUUUCCGAAGUCCCCGUCCUCGCGGCUUCGCAUUUGUCGGGAUCAUGCUGCUCAGUGGGCCUGCUUGGGGCUCCCUGGACCAUGUGGAGGAACUCUCCAGGAUCUCCUUCACAACCGCCUACUUUCGAGACGGCGGCUUGAAGAGCUUGCUCAUUGCCAUGGCCAUCUUUGCGGCCGCCGUUGGUCUCUUGCUAUGGCAUUUCAUAUGUGCCUUCAAGCACAAUCCACUCUCAGGAUUCCUCGCCUACUGCUGCUCCAGACUUUCCAUCUGGCUCUUCUACGGCGUCUACCUCUUCGUAGCGUCCGAGACGGCGGGUGUCUAUGUCCACCUGCAUCAUUACAUCAUCGGUUUCCUGGUGGCCUUGCUAGCGGAGUUCAACCAUCCCAUCUCCAUGAUCCUGCUUGCGGCAGGCACAGGGGUCUUCGUGCAAGGCAUCUCGGCCUACGACGCAGAUCCCGUCAUCGUGAAGAAGCGACUCUUCCUCUUCUAG